AUGGUUAAUGUUGGACUUACUAGCAAACCAAAAGUGGUCAACGACACAAUUCUUGGACAAACAAGAAGGAUACUUGGUGGUCAUGAAGUGGGCGACACUAGACCUUACAUGAUAAAAGUUAAUUCCCUUCAGGUGUAUUUAAGACCAGCGUCAUCUGCAGAUCCGCAUUUAGAUCCUAACUGGUUAUGCGGAGGCGUUAUCAUUCAUGAAAGAUACAUCCUAACAUCCGCUGCUUGCAUAGAAGACGUUAAACAGUUCUAUGUAGUAUCUGGAACUCAUAGAUGGGUGCCAUUGGACGUUAAAAACGAUGAAUGCAUCAACAACGGAGCUAAAAAAGCGGUGUGGAAAUGUGUUCCUAAAAGUUACUUUUUUGACGGCAAUGAUUUCGACAACAUACGUUGGAUGGUAGACGACAUCGCUGUUGUUAAAGUAGAGGAUGAUUUCAACUUCUACCGUCGCGUGAGAGGCUGCGACUUCAUACCCAAAAAGAUCGCGUAUAACAACGAAUCUGAAGAAUUUGAGAAACCUGGUACCACCGCAUCGACUGCUGGAUGGGGCUCUUUAGACAAUUUUGGUGAUAGUGUAUUACGUGCAGCGGUAAACUCACCUGUUCUGCUGGAAAGCGAUGUGAUGGUGAUAUCGAAAAGGAACUGCAAAAGGCGUUGGGACGCUCGCUACCAUUACAUCAUAGAUUCCAGCAUGAUCUGCACUAAAGACAGUCAGGAUACCGAUGUUAUUAGCAGAGUUUGUUCUGAACAUGAAGUGAAUUGCAAAGACUUGGUGUAUUCUGAUGAAGACGAGGAUAACGCGAGACGCAGACUCGUUAUCGACUCUAACGACUUACAACUACACACAGCAGUACAUUCGGCUGGUACUAGAAGAUCUAAAGGCACGUCUGGAGGAUUCUGUGAGAACGACCACGGAGGUCCCUUAGUCAGUGGGCAAGGCAAAAGUGCUAUGGUUAUUGGUGUCGUAUCAGCGUGUAUGACUAAGCACCUUACUAACAAGUGUUACGGUCCAUUCUUGUUUACUAGUGUCUACAAGAACCGCAAUAUCAUCAACUGCGCCAUUAAUAAGGAUCUUGCAGUAACAUGCAGGAAGCUGUUGAGGUCUUCAAAAACACAACUGUUUGAGACUGUAUUCAACUGGUCAAGUUUUGGCAGUGCCUCGAAAAAAGCUGCUAAUAAAAAACUAGCGGAUGCGCCUAAAUUACGACCUAUUUUCAGAGCAAGGAAGUCAACUCCUAGAGAGCCAAGAAUAAGCGAUAUAUUGAUCAGAUUACAACGUUGAAUAAAUUACAAUAUUAAUAGUUAAAUAUAAAAAGUAAUCAAGAAUUAUUAAAAAGAGGAGAAUAUCAA